AUGAGAGACGGUUUGAGAAAUAAUAUCCUCCACAUCGCUGCUUGCCGAGCCAAGCCCGAGUGUGUCACCUGGAUCCUUGACUCUAUGACCACCAACAAUUCAGAUCUCAAAGGAGGCCGGAAUAUUGAAGGCUACACUCCUCUGGAGGCAUUGCAGGCCCAACUCGAGGUGACGCGUCUGGGUAAAUAUCUUGGACAACACUUCUUAGUCAAAGCCGACUCGAAGCAACGGAAACGAGUGACAGCCGUCUUUGGUGCAGGGUCAAUGGGGAUUUACUCGGGUAUAUCCCAGAAGAUUAUUCGUUCAACAUUUAAGAAAAGCAGAGUCCUGCGCCGCGGAUUUAAAGAGUUUAUCACCACAAUCAUUGAGUGUCUGCAAACUGGUGGAGGCCCUACGCCGGAUGAUUUGAUGUCUCUUUAUAAGAAAAAGCGAAUCUGGCCUCAAAUGAAUACGUUCUAUUUCAGUCGGGGCGGAAGUAUCGGAGCGGGUCUUAAUCUUAUUCUGGAUCUUGCAGGAGAGAUAUUCGAGUAUAUUUUCAACCUGAGGGAGCGGGAUCAUGAGCCCUUGCCUGCUCUACCAUGGUGUCGGAAUGAUUCGGAGUUUGAGCUGGUGAGACGGCAGUGUACAACCAUUCCGUGUGAAUGA